CUUAUGAUAAAUAGUUUAACUAAACUCAAUAAAGAAGACCCUUUUCAUAAUGUUGAAGUCUAAAACCCUAAUAUAAAUUAACAGAUAUUAGUGCAAGAACAUGAAAUAUAAAUUGAAGAAAACAAACAAAAUUCUAUUUAAGACUUCCAAUACUUUGAAUAACAACAAGAAUCCUAAGAAUCAUUAUUUAUUUAAUGUAUUUUGUGUGAUCAAGAAAUGGAACUUUAAUUUUACGACAUUCAUUUAAGGAUGUGUGAAGAAUAAAUUGGGAAUAUUAAUUUAAUAGAGUAAUAAUGUUAAGAUUGUGGAGAAUAGAUUGUUAAAUUAUAUUUAAAUGAUCAUUUAGAAAAUUGCGUAAGCAGAUUUUGGAUUUAAGUAAAAUGCCCUUAUUGCUAUAAUGCAUUUCUUAAAGCUGAAUUAACCAAUCAUAUUUUAGAAUGCCCCAUGUAUUUAGAUUAACAAAAAAAGGAAAAAUAAGGAAUUUAGAAUUGCUCAAUAUGUUUAGAAGAUAUUACAAUGAAUAAAACCUAAUUGAAUUGCUCUCAUUCUUUCCAUGAUAUUUGUAUAUAAAAUUGGUUCAAAUCAAAGAAUAGGUGCCCUAUUUGUAAGAAAGUACAAUUAAAAUUAAUAUGAAUGCGUC